CGCAAAUAUAGUAGGACAGAUGUGCCCAAUGUGGCUAAACAAACGCUUGAGAUGUAAAAAAUGCAUCGGCUGUGGAUAUUCAAACGCAAUAAGAGCUUCGAGCACUCAAAGUAAGAGAACAAGAAACAAACCUGUAUACAAUUGAAAAGUUGAUGGGCUAUGUUUGCAUUAAUUUCCCUUCUUUCCAUACUUAUCUUGCUAUAAAAGGUCUUUGUUAUGUGAACACUGUCAAUUGUCAAAUUAAACGUCAAAUUAACAAAAAACUGACAGAUAAAGCCGUUUUUCUCAUACAAGAAAUUUAAAAGAUGGAACCAAUGACCUUAGGCAGUGCACCUUCCAGUCCAGCAUCUCCGGGCAUCAACCCCAACUUUUUACCAGGAUUUUUGAUGGGGGGUGAAAACCAACCCAUGUCUCCAAACCCUAGCAUUUCCCCCGGACGAAACAGAAGUUCCGGGAAUUUCAAUAAAGGAGCGAGUAAUUCAACAGAGCCGAGAAGUUUGCGACAAAAAUUAUUUAAUCAAAGCAUCGCUGAAGGUCCUGCUACAAUUUCUGCUUACAGUGUAAUUCCAGAGAAAGUAGGGCCCCCUAAUAUGAGUUUAUUUGAUACUUUGGACCAUAAAAAGAAGUGUAGUAGUCCUAUGAGCAGUACUGUGGCUCACGGCAACGACUCUAUGGGGUUCAAUGAAAGUAUUUCUAGGAUAAACGAAGAAGGGACUCAGUACAGGAUGAAUAGCUUCAAUGAAACAAUCAAUAGAACUCCCACUAUGGCUCCUUGUGUGUCCGAUAGAGUUGACUCUCAUUGGGUAACAGUUUUUGGAUUCCCUCCCAGCGCUUUAACCCUAAUUUUGUCUCAAUUAGCUAACUGUGGUCCAAUUGCUGAUAAAAAAGUGCCACCUCAAGGUAAUUGGGUCCAUGUCAAGUUUAACAAUUUAAGUGAAGUGUCCAGGGCUCUUUCCUUGAACUGCAAGCUUAUUAGCAACACUGUGAUGAUUGGGGUUACUCUGUUUUAUAACAAAGAAAAUAAAGAGAAUGAUAGUUCAAUUUUUACUUCACCUGGACGGGUAAGGUCAUUAAGGCAUUCUUUUAUUUCGCCCAGUGCUCAGAAUUCUGUCAUUUCACCCCAAGUUUUGCCCCAAAAGUCCACUGGAAUCGUUACUAAAGCUAUGGAGUAUGUGUUUGGGUGGUAAAUUUUUAUUAGUGAAUAUAACUUUUUUUAAUCAUUAUCAAUAGUAGGUUAUUUUCUAUUCAUCUUGAAUUGAGUUGUUAAAUAACUGAUUUUUUUAUUGAUUUAUUUUUUAAUAAAAAUUGUAUUAUUUGGUUCAUUUUUUUUAGAUUUCUUGUAUAAUCAGAAAAUAGUUUUUUUAAGUAUCUGUUAUUUAAAUUGAUAUAGUAUUAGAAAGUGGUUAAAAUUUUGAAUAUCUAUUUUCUCUUGGUCUUUUUGUAUGUAGUUGUUUUUUGACUGGUUGUUCUUGCAAUUAUAUUUGUCUACUGUUCUAUAGUAAUUUUAAUA